CCAAGUCUCUUCUUUGGACUCACACAGCUUGAGCAGACAUAACCAUUGCAAAGCGGGUUCUAUCUGUUCAAGCAACUACCCUCUUCUAUCUCUUACACCAACCACCUCUUUCUUGUGCCUCUUUGCAAGCUAUUAAAGAUGGCUACCGAGACUUUCCUAUUCACAUCAGAAUCAGUGAACGAGGGACACCCUGACAAACUCUGUGACCAGAUCUCUGAUGCUGUGCUUGAUGCCUGCUUGGAACAGGACCCAGAUAGCAAGGUUGCCUGUGAAACCUGCACCAAGACAAACAUGGUUAUGGUCUUUGGAGAGAUCACAACCAAAGCCAACGUUGACUACGAGAAGAUUGUGCGUGACACUUGCAGGAACAUUGGCUUUGUUUCUGAUGAUGUAGGUCUUGAUGCUGACAACUGCAAGGUCCUUGUCAACAUUGAACAGCAGAGCCCUGAUAUUGCUCAGGGUGUGCAUGGCCAUCUCACAAAGAGACCUGAAGAAAUUGGUGCUGGUGACCAGGGUCACAUGUUUGGCUAUGCCACUGAUGAGACCCCUGAAUUAAUGCCCUUGAGCCAUGUCCUUGCAACCAAACUCGGUGCUCGUCUCACAGAAGUGCGCAAGAAUGGCACCUGUCCUUGGUUGAGGCCUGAUGGCAAGACCCAAGUCACUGUUGAGUAUUACAAUGACAAGGGUGCCAUGGUUCCAAUCCGUGUCCACACUGUGCUUAUCUCUACACAGCAUGAUGAGACUGUGACAAACGAUGAAAUUGCUGCUGAUCUCAAAGAGCACGUUAUCAAGCCUGUGAUCCCUGAGAAGUACCUUGAUGAGAAGACCAUUUUCCACUUGAACCCUUCUGGCCGUUUUGUCAUUGGUGGUCCUCAUGGUGAUGCUGGUCUCACUGGCCGUAAGAUCAUCAUUGACACUUAUGGUGGAUGGGGUGCACAUGGUGGUGGUGCUUUCUCAGGAAAGGACCCAACUAAGGUUGAUAGGAGUGGAGCUUACAUUGUGAGGCAAGCUGCAAAGAGCAUUGUUGCCAGUGGACUUGCCAGGAGGUGCAUUGUGCAAGUCUCUUAUGCCAUUGGUGUGCCUGAGCCUUUGUCUGUCUUUGUUGACAGUUAUGGUACUGGAAAGAUCCCUGACAAGGAGAUUCUCAACAUUGUGAAGGAGAACUUUGAUUUCAGGCCUGGCAUGAUCUCUAUCAACCUUGAUCUCAAAAGGGGUGGAAAUGGCAGGUUCUUGAAGACUGCUGCAUAUGGACAUUUUGGCAGAGAUGACUCUGACUUCACAUGGGAGGUGGUGAAGCCCCUCAAGGGGGAGAAGGUUCCUGCCUAAGUGAUUCCAAUGUUAUCAGCUUGGAGUUUUGCGUGUUGCCUACUGGCUUCUUAGUAUCUCAUUAAAAUUUUCUGUAUCUCUUUCUCCUUACCAUUGCUGUUUUGUUUUGUUCUCUGUAUUUUAUCAUCAUUAUUUUUGAUUUUUUUUUGUGUACUUGUAUGUUUUCGUUGAACAUACAUAUUACAUGAUCAACCACAAAAAUGUUCUCUCAGGAUUCAUGCCCAUGUAGGUAACAAUAUCAAAUUAAAUGAAGUAAGCGAUUUAAUAUAUGAAUUGUAG